AUGGCCGACGCUGCGACCGCCGAGCUUCUACUUGCUGUUGCUGCAGGCGACGUGCCUCGCGUCCGUGCGGCGCUCGCCGAUGGCGCCGACGUCAACGCGCGCAACGAGGCGGAUGCGACGCCGCUGGACGUGGCGUGUGGCGAGGACCGUCUCGAUGUGGUCACGUGCUUGCUCGCGCACCAUCGUAUGGACGUGGCCAAGGCGUCGCCAAUGCUCUUGUGGACCGUUUGUGAACGCGGCGCCGGUGCGAUGGUCGCGCAGCUCCUCGCCCAUCCCACGACGAACCCAAUGACGCUCCUACCGAGCGGGUGGAACGUGCUUUUUGCGCUCUGCAGCACGCCACGCAUGGCCGAGAUGCUGUCGCUUUUUGUGGACCAUCCGCGCGUCGACUGGAACGUCCCGAUCCACGGCGAGACACCGCUCCAGCGCGCUGUGCAAGAGCAAGCGUGGCACUACGUCGCGGUGCUGCUGCAGGACCCGCGCGUUCAUGUCAAUGUCUUUGUGGUACAUGGCGUCCACACGUGCAGUCGACAGAAGCGCACGACGCUCUUGCACGCGGCGUGCGAUGCCAAUGACGCCGAUGUCGUCGUAGCGUUGUUGCGUCGGCCCGACAUCAAUCGACACUGCCAAAUUAAGAACCAAGGCACAGCUUUCGCAUGGACUGUUGUCCGUCGUAAUCGUGCCAUCUUGGAGCUCUUUCUUGCUUUACCCGACGACGACAUCAAUCUCCCAAACAAUGACGGCAUGCCACCGCUGCACCUCGCCAUCGACUACCACGACGACGAUCACAUCGCCCACCGCCUUCUUUGCGAGCCACACUUGCGUCGUGACGCCACAAACGCGCUCGGCAACACGGCGCUGCAUAUGGCCAGUCAGCGCGGCUGGACGUCGCUGGUUGAGGCGCUCCUUGGCGACAACGUGAACGUCCAGAACGCGGCUGGCGACACGCCGGCAAGCGUCGCGCUCUUGCACGGCCAGUACGAUCUCGCGCUGCGCUUCUACCGCGACUUUGGCGCCCGUGUCAAUACGGUCAUGAGCAAUGGCUUGACACCGCUGUUGUGUGCGUGUCAGCACGGCCACCUGGCGUUGGUGCGCGUGCUGCUGGCGUCGCCCUGGCUUGAGCGCGAUGUCACGGACCAACAUGGCAAUUCGGCCCACAUGCUCGCUUGCUACACAGAUCCACGCGUGUUUUUUGCCUUGUGGACCAUCCGGGACGACGAGAUGGCGGCGACAAAUGAGGUCGGUCGCACGAUCUUGCACGUGGCCUGCGAAUAUGGCCGCGGGGCCGUCGUGGCGGCGCUUCUACCGCGUACCAUGAAUGACGUCAAUGCACCCGAUGCGGAUGGCAGCACGCCCCUUCUCCUGGCCUGUACCUCCAACCACGGAGCUGUCGUGGCCCAACUUCUCGCCGUGUCCGAGGUCGACACUGACCGUGCCGACAAGGUGCGCAACGUCCUCGCACUGCGUGGCCACGCGUCGGUGGUCGCCGCGCUGCUGUCGGUCCACGCCAAUGUGCAUGCAAUCGACAAUGAUGGCAAUACGCCGCUGCUCGUCGCAAGUGUGGCCAACCAUGCGUCGGUGGUCGCGCAGCUUCUGUCGGAUCACAGUGUCGACAUGACGAAAACCAACAAGGACGGACGAAUGGCGCUGCAUGUGGCCGCGCGGGCCGGGCAUGUGCGCGUGCUUCAAUUGCUGCUUGAGGCAAGACCCGCGGCCAUCGAUCUGCGCAGUGCCGAUGGUACGACCGCCCUCAUGGAGGCUGUCGACCACCGCAAGCCUGGCGCCGUGACGUUUCUGCUGCGCCAUCCAUGUAUUGACGCCAACGCCGUCGACAAGGACGGCAACACGGCGCUCAUGCGGCACUGCAUGCGCAGCAGCAACUAUGACGUGCUCGAGGCGCUCCUCAGCAGUCCCAAGGUCGACAUCAACCGUCGCAACCACGCGGGUGCGACUGCGCUGGCGCUGGCGUGCCAUGCGAAUGACCCGAUGCUGGCGGCGCAGCUCAUGCAGCGGCCCCAACUGGACGUCUCGACCAUCGAUGCGUCGUGUGGUCAUAUCGCACUGGCGGUGGCGUGUGCGCUGCAGUAUGUGUAUGUGGUGCGGAAGCUGCUGUCGUCGCCCGAGAUGGACGUCAACUACCGGGAUGCGAGCGGACUCACGACGCUGCUGCAAGUGUGCCUCAACGAAGGCAACGUCAAGAUUGUCCAUUUGCUCUUGGAAAGACCAGAAAUCGACACCAGCGUGCGGGACAAGCACGGCAACUCGGCGUUGAUUUUAGCGACGCGCCAAGGCCAUCCUGGUAUCGUGCGGGCGCUGCUGGCGCACGGUAGCUGCCAUGUCAACGCCGUCAACGACGCGGGAUCGUCGGCGCUGCAUGACGCGUGUCAAGCGAGGAACGCGGUGGACCUCGUGCCGCUGCUCUUGCGCUCCCCAUCGAUCGACGUCAACUGCCUCGACAAGAAAGGACAGACCCCGCUUAUGGUUGCCUGCGUGUCCGCUGCAGAUGCUGUGAUCGACCUCCUGCUCGAUCACCCGCGUAUCAAUGUCAGCACGUCUGGCCACGAGCACUUUGGACCGCUGCAGAUUGCAGUGCGACAGCGUGCAGUCGAGGUGGUCACGCGACUGAUCCAGCACCCGACUGCUGUCGUCGAGGUUGCGUACGAAUGGGUCUUUUUGGCGUGGGUACGGGCCGUCAACAACCAGCAUCUACCGCUUUUAAGCGCUCUGGCGGCCCGUGUGGACGUCAAUAAGGCGCUGGUUAUGCCCGACCGAUCGUGCGACGACGAGCAAAGACGUGCUCGGAUGGCGUCGGCGCGUCCCGGGGCGUCGGUCGGCGCGGACCUGCGUUGGAUGCACCCCAAGGUCAAGGUCGAGUGGGUGGCUUCUACCAAUCGCCGCGAGUGCGCCGAUGCGACCGUGGCCAGCUGUAAGACAGGCAAGAAUGCGCUCAUGGUCGCGUGCCUCUUCAGCAACGACGCCAUGGUCGACCUUUUGAUGUCGCAGCCAACGAUCGACGUCAACGCGGUCGACAUGGUGCAUAAUAUUGUCAUUUGUGUUCAGCGCUGA